ACAGUCAUCCUCCAAUCAUUCAGACACAGCUGCCCCCCGCUGCAGGGGUCGCCACAGCAACUUAAUUCGCAUGAAAGACGUGGCAGUUGUUUUACACCGCAUGCCCCUCCUCCUGAAACAACCUGGACCCGAGCUGAACAUUGUGUCUGAUGAGGAGGAUGAAGAGGGUUAUCAGGAACAUGAGGUUUUAUCAAGCGAAACAGAAAAUUCAUCAGAUGAUACAGAUGAAGAAAUGGAGGAUCAGGAUGAGCAGCCAGAGUCCAGCCCUGCCUGCAGCAAGACAAUGUUCCCGGUGACUUGUGGGGGCCUUUCUGGAAUUUUAUACAAAAAACGAUUUGCAGGGAAACGUGGGAAAAGUAUUCGCACCAAGACGAGCUGGAUGACUCCGGUGGAGUUUAUGAAUGAAGGAUUAGGUCAUAGAAACGGCACCUGGAGGAAGGACAUUGAGAAUAAUGGAAAAGCGCUUGGUUUUCUCCUGGAGGAAAAUGGCCUGGUGAUCCAUUCAGAGCAGUGCCUUUGCAGUCUGUGUGAAUCAGACCAAGAAGCCAUGAAGAAUCAGCGAAAUGAUUAUGAAUGCUCCAUCUGUAAAGUUAAAGGAAAAGAAGACGUGAAAGUGUGUCAUUACUGUCCAAGGUCGUUCCACAAGAAUUGCCACGUGCCUUGUAUAGAAGACAACGUUACAGAGAACGGCAAAGGAUGGAAGUGCACGUUCUGUGUUUUUAAAGCCAGCCAGAAGACCGAAGCUGUCAUGUCCCGUCAAAUAUCUCAACACAUGCUGGAAUGCCGCUAUCUCCUCAUGUUUCUGUGCGGCGCUGACGAGGAGCAAAAGUUUUCCUCCAACCCCAGAUUUGAUAUAGCAAGCUACUCCAGGUUUGUUCAAACUCUCACAUGGCUGGACAGCAUAGCGAAGAGACUCCAGAGGAACCAGUACCAGGUUGUUGGCGAGUUUGUCUCUGAUGUUCUGUACAUUCUCGCCGAGUGUGCUAAAAUCAACCAGAACAAUGCUGAAGUCUUUGCCAUGGGUGAACAUCUGAAACUAGUUUUUGACCAAGAAUUUCGGAAGGCCUUCAACAUCCAGGAUUAGACUGGACAGAUGUGCAACGUUGGCACCCACGCUCCUAGAAUAAUAUCUAUGUUUUUGUCCUCAAUUUAAAAUCAAACAAAUCUUCCAUCAUUGUUUUUGUAGUGUACUUUU